AUGAGAAAUUUCACAACCAAAGGUGUGCUAGGCCUAGCACUCUUAGUUCUCGCAGUUACCUUCACCUCAACAGCGACUCAAACUGUUCCCCUCCCAGGAGCUAUUACCAUCAACACCAAUCUCAAGUAUCUCAACAACAUGCUCGGAUUGAUUUUCCCAAUCACUGUUCAAGAGGUUCUCCAACAAAAACAAUUCAACCUUACUUUUGAAGACAAAGGAUUCGCCUACAAGAUUGAUAUCUAGGAUGUAUUCGUCAACUCAGUUAACGUUGCAACUAGUUUUAUUGGAUAUAUUCCAGGCACUAACACUGUCAGAAUCUUAGUCAGUGGAUUUGAUAUCUCAACCAGAGUUGAUGGCUCAAUCACUGCUCUUUGGUUUAUCCCCCUUAAGACUGCCGGCCUCAAUGUCACCAACAUGACUCUACAGGUUGACCUUAAUGCUCCAACCACUGAUAAUGUCAACUGGCAAGUCAAGGACGCUAUUAUUGUUGAUGUCACAGACUUCUAAUUCGAACUUCAGAGCAGUUUCUUCCAAGGAAUCGUUAACAUGCUUCAUGGAAGUAUCCUUAAGGCUGUUAAGGGUGAACUUCCAAAGGUCAAAGAUCUUAUCUAAGCUAAAAUCGAUUUAUUCAACAACUAAAUGUCUAUUCACAACUCAACUGCAUUCUUAGUGAGCCUCUUCGACUCAAGAUUCCCAUUGAAUCUUACCUUCACCGAGGCCCCAUAGACUGACAAUGCUGAUAACAUCCUUGAGCUUCACUUAGAUGGUACUUUCUAUGAUUCAAUUGAUAAGACUAGCCACGUUAAAUAAAACCAGGUCUUCCCCAAGAGAAUUGAUGGAUUAAACUCCCACCAGAUCUUUGUUCAUUAAACUAUGUUACAAUCUCUCUUCUUUGCACUUGAUCAAGACUUUUUCCCAUACAAAGUCAGCAAUACAGGUAUCACCAGCUAACUCACAAACAUGUUCUAUGAGAUUCAAAACUACUAUGGAGCUGAUAUGAUAUCAGACCUAGAAGUAUCAAUCCUUGCAGAUGAUGGUGAUUUCCUUGUCCUUAACAAAAAUACUGGUAUUGAAAUUGGAAAACACAACAAUGCUUCACUACAUUUGAUGGUUUACUGCCAAAACAAAACUACUUAAAGAGAAUUGGCCGUUCAAUUCGCAAUGAACUUUAAUGCUGUCCUCAACAUUUCUGAGGAGAACUAUUAUGUGUAUGUCAACAUUCCAUAAAUCUAGGUCAGCAAUGUCGAAGUUUUGAAUGAUAGAGUCGGUAUGAAUUCCAGAGACUACAACAUGCUUCUCAGUAUAUUCAUAAUGACUGCUUAAUAAAUGAUCAAUGAUAUGUUCAGAACUCCUUAUGACUUCAGAUCACUCGACCCAAAACUUAUGUUCUUCAUUACAUCUGUUUUCUCUAAGCCAAGAAUCAGCCCAUUCUAUCUUGACAAUUUCCUUUAUCUAGGAUUAACUUAUCAAUUUGAUUUUAUGCCAAUGACUCACUCAGAGAAGAAGUUCGUUUAGGAUACACUUCUCGCCUAACAUGGAGAUAAGAUUGCAAAAGUUUGCAACCUUGCCAUUGACACAAUCCAAAAAGCUAUGCUAGCUUGA